AUGUUUAAUAAAAAUAUCAAAGUCCUUUUGUGGACAUUAAUAAUCGUCCUGUUAUGCAUUUCUUAUUGUUCAAGUGAAAAUGCAGAUGGUUGGAAUAUUGAUUACACUAUCAAUUAUAGCAUUGGGAAGAGAGUUGAAGGUGAUAGGGUAGUGUAUAAGGAUCAUUAUCACAGGAACCAAACAGAUCCUUUUACUAUGACCCACAAUCCUGGAAGUCAUGAUAAUAAUCAUACUUAUAUUACAUAUGCAGAACUUUUUGCUAGACAAACGACUCCUAUUGGAAAAAUUAAAAUUUUGCAGGGAGGAGUAGGGCUUCGUGAAAUAUAUUUUGCAGUCUCCACUUUUAAUACUACUUUAUUUGAUUUGACUACUUAUAUAUAUGGAUAUAAUUGA